AUGGCAGCCAAGAGAGAGGAAAAUCUGAGACUUGGAGAGACUUCUGAUGGAAUAAAAAUGUUUCAGCUUCUUUCAUCAUUGCUAAGUAAAAUGGAAAAGAGACUUCUCCAUUUCCAGAUAAUCGCUGUAAAUGCCGAAAAUGUGAGGCAGGAUCCAAAUGGGGGUCCUGUCGGAGCAGCCACGGGGCUCGCUGUGCCCCCAGCCCCUCCUGUAACUCGUCCUGAGGCCUCCGGAGCCGCUGCUGUAGCUGCCCUCCACGAAUCAGACCUCUCGCACGUGACUGAGGGCCGCGGGCUGUCGGCCACCAGGGAGUGGCUUGGGGGUCCUUACAGAGCGGACACGCGUUAG